UCAGAGUGCGUGGUGCUGAUGCUGCUGCCAUUUCAUCACCUCUGCGAGCGCAGCAUCCAUUCCUUCGCUCUCCUUGCGCCUGGGCCUACCUCGCCUCGGGCUCCCAGGCCAGCGAUGUGCUCGUGGCCGAUCUAGAUCCGGAUCAAGCCACGCUCUCCGAGGCCUCGGCUGGGCGCCCCUCUCGCCGCCCAAGGCCGGCCCGGGCCAAGGAGACCUGCUGAUCCCCGGCUAUGGAGGCCAUCUGGCUAUACCAGUUCCGGCUCAUUGUCAUCGGGGAUUCCACGGUGGGCAAAUCCUGUCUGAUCCGCCGCUUCACCGAGGGCCGCUUUGCCCAGGUUUCGGACCCCACCGUGGGGGUGGAUUUUUUCUCCCGUCUGGUGGAGAUCGAGCCAGGAAAACGCAUCAAGCUCCAGAUCUGGGAUACCGCGGGUCAAGAGAGGUUCAGAUCCAUCACUCGCGCCUACUACAGGAACUCAGUAGGUGGCCUUCUCUUAUUUGACAUUACCAACCGCAGGUCCUUCCAGAAUGUCCAUGAGUGGUUAGAAGAGACCAAAGUACACGUUCAGCCCUACCAAAUUGUAUUUGUUCUGGUGGGUCACAAGUGUGACCUGGAUACACAGAGGCAAGUGACUCGCCACGAGGCAGAGAAACUGGCUGCUGCGUACGGCAUGAAGUACAUUGAAACGUCAGCCCGAGAUGCCAUUAACGUGGAGAAAGCCUUCACAGACCUGACAAGAGACAUCUAUGAGCUGGUUAAAAGGGGGGAUAUUACCAUCCAGGAGGGAUGGGAAGGGGUGAAGAGUGGAUUUGUACCAAAUGUGGUUCACUCUUCAGAAGAGGUUGUCAAGUCAGAGAGGAGAUGUUUGUGCUAGUCAGCCCUUUUAUUUCCAAAACGUGCUCUCCCACCUGAACUUAAAAGUGAUGAAAAUGAAGAGAAUCCUUGCGUGACUGAAGAGAA